AUGCCGUUGCUGAGGACACAAAAUCGUGGCACAGAGAGGCCACCCAGCGAAAGUCUGAGGACCCAGGAGUCUUUGAAACCGGACCAAUUGGUUCAUAAAUGCUUACGACAGAUUGAGGACCAUAAGGAACUAACUCAAGAUAGCUUUGAUUGCUUGAUAGAGCUGCUCAGAAAUGGCUCUCCGACCGGUUUACCCAUUCAGCCCUCAAGCACUGUGGACACAAAGCCAUUUGACUAUGCAAUCUCGGACUUUGGUCCGAGAAAGGAGCAUCCGGGGAAAUCUGUCGUCACGGCUCAACACUAUGAUCCGGAUCCGCGUCAGCACAAGGGUAGGCAUACGGAGGUGGGCGACAAGAUUCGCUCCUGGGUCGAGCAAUAUGGCUCAAACGUGGAGUUGAAGUUCACUCACGAAGCGGGACCGACAAUACAACCGUCGGACCAGAAUGUAACAGGCGUGUAUGCCGUUAUGGGAGCCUUGGACUUCAUUGCCCGUAAGCCUUUGCGGUCAACGGAUAGCUUUUGGGGCGGUUAUUACGUGAAGAAGAUCAAGGCUGCUUUACAUGCAACACAGCCUCGUUACCCUCCCCCAGGAAGAACACCUGCAAGGAGGGGAACCUCUAUCUCUUCUGCGGACAAGGGAGCCGAGGGUAUGAGAACCCCUGCCAGAACCCCCAAAAACAGUGUUCAGAAAGUUUGGGAGCGUCCCUCAUGUGACGAAAUGGACAUCUUUGGUAACAAGACGCCUAUCGCAGGAAACCGAAAACGCAGACGCCUUGAUCCGGCCGAACAUAUGGCAUUUGACGUCAAUGAGAAGUUGGAGGAGGCUACCUCUUCCAUCUUGAACCUGGGACUUCCGUCGGUGACGAAUCUUCAGCAAGAACUCAAUGAGCGCCGCAAGGAGCGCGGAGAGCAUAACGAGGUCAUCGAAAAUAAGAAGGAUGAUCUGGAGAAGUGUCGGACAGAGCGAGCAUCACGGGCUAGGGAGCACGAGGAAUACGAGAAGGCGUGCACAGAGCUCGAAUCAAAGCUCAAAGAUGACGAGCGAAGGGUCAACAAAUGGCUCUCGGAGUUCCCGCAGGAUCUCAACUUCGCGAUCGCCACGGAGAAGUACAAAGCCCCGAGUGAGGCCACAUGGAAACCUGAAAAGGACAACCUCGUGGAGGCGCAGAGCAGGAAGCGCAAAGCCAGUGAAUCGCUAGAUUCUGUCAACCAGGUUUUCUCCGAACUUGAGAGGGUAGUGAAGAAGGUUUUAGAGGAGGGAAAGGUGAUUGAGGAGGAGGUGAAGGCGGCGUAUAUGAGGAGGGAGUUUGUGGAUAUGCAGGAGAGGCAUUUGGAGGAUCAUCAGGCUCUUCUAUCACGGUUUGAGGGUGAUGAGUGGGAGAAGCAACUCGACAAGGGGGCAUGCAAUAUGUAA